UUAUAGUUCUCACCAAAGCAAGUAGCAUUUUGAGUUCUAUUUAUUCUCCUAACUAAAAAAAAAAAAAUGUCUUCUUUUCUGUUUUCAACUAUUUUUCUCAUUCUUGCUAUAACGCUUGGGGCUUCUAGGGCUCAAUUGAGCUCUACCUUUUAUGACACCACAUGCCCUAACUUAACUAGCAUUGUUCGUGGUGUUUUAGUCCCGGCUCGGGACAGUGACGUCCGACUUGGCGCCAAAAUUAUCCGUGUUCACUUCCACGAUUGUUUUGUCAAUGGUUGUGACGCUUCGCUAUUGUUAGACGAUGCAGCCGACAUAGACAGCGAGAAAAAUGCUGCACCAAAUAAUUCCACAGAUGGAUAUGCAGUAAUUGAUGAUGUCAAAACAGCAGUUGAAAAUGUUUGCCCAGGAGUUGUCUCUUGUGCCGAUAUCUUGGCUCUUGCCUCUGAAAUUUUAGUCGUUUUGGAUGGAGGUCAAUCCUGGGAAGUGCAACUAGGAAGAAGGGAUGGCACAACGGCAAACAGAGCUGGAACCACAGCCAUUCCAAGUCCCAUUGAAGAUCUACCUACUAUUACACAGAAAUUCACAGAUCAAGGACUCGACACUACUGACCUAGUCGCUUUAUCUGGUGCACACACUAUUGGAAGAGCUCGUUGUGUCUCAUUCAAUCAACGUAUAAAUGCAAGCAACCCGGACCCAACACUGGAUCCCACAUAUUUACAGACUCUUCAAGAAAAUUGUCAAUCUUCUGAUCAAAAUUUAAACAAUCUUGAUGUAACAACUCCUGAUGCCUUUGACAACAACUACUUCGUUAAUCUCCAAAACAACCGCGGCCUUCUCCAGACCGAUCAGGAAUUAUUCUCGACUUCCGGUGCCGACACAGUGGCCAUAGUGAACCAGUUUGCCACCAGCCAAUCUGCCUUCUUCGAUGCCUUCGGCGCGUCUAUGAUCAAGAUGGGAAAUAUUAGCCCUUUGACAGGCAGCAAUGGUGAAAUUAGAACCAACUGCAGGAGGGUUAAUUAAUUAAGGUGGAUAGAUAUUAAGUGUGUGCUAUUAUGAGAUGUUCAAUUCUUAUUUUGUACUGUUGGCAAGAAGGGUUGCCAUAGUUCUGAGUCUUUUUGUAUUAAACAGAAAGGUUUCUUCGAAUAAUUAAAUAAAUAAUUCGCCAAA